AAUAUUUGUACCUCUUUUCAUAUCCAUGGAUGAUACUAGGAGCACGUUGCAAAUUGCCACUUCUUUUGGAAAAUUGAGAAACGCCAUGUAUAAAUACUUCUCUUUUAUUCCUUGCGUCGCUCCGUUUUCUCAGUGUCGACGAAGAAUCGCCAACCGAAUUGGACUGAGCCGAUUCUUCUCCUCCUCUUUCCACUUCCCUUAUUUCACCACGGCAUCCGCACCUCGUCGCCUCCUUGGAGUUUCUUCAAGAUUUGUUCUCAAACCUCCUGCAACGGGAAGUGGCAAUCGACACCAAAGAUCGAAGCUUUUCUCUGGUACAAUGGAUCACCUCGAUGGCCAGGCCCAUCUCAUGAUUGUCUCUGAUCUAGAUUGUACAAUGGUUGAUCAUGAUGAUCCAGAGGAUCUCUCACUGCUUAGGUUCAAUGCACUAUGGGAAUCAGAAUAUCGUCACAAUUCUUUGUUGAUUUUCUCAACUGGGAGAUCACCUGCUACGUACCAGAAGCUCAAAACCAAGAAACCGUUGUUAACUCCAGAUGUAACUAUUCUAUCUGUGGGCACAGAGAUAUUUUAUGGUGAAUCCAUGGUGCCUGAUGAUGCUUGGGAGCAUUACUUGAACCAUAAAUGGAACCUCGAUAUUGUCAUGGAGGAAACAACUAAAUUCCCUCAACUUAUAUCUCAGCAAGCAGUAGAUCAGAGACCACACAAAGUGAGCUACUUUGUACGAAAUGAUCAUGCGGAGGAAGUGGUGAAGUGCCUUUCUGAAAGGUUGGCAAAUCGUGGGCUAGAAACUAAAGUUAUCUAUAGUGGCGGCAAAUGCAUUGACGUAUUACCCUUGGGUGCUGGGAAAGGGGAAGCACUUCAAUAUUUGCAUGACAAGUUGAAGAAAAAUGGAAAGCUACCGAUUGAUACUCUUGUUUGUGGUGACUCUGGAAAUGAUACCGAUUUAUUCACCGUUCCAGAAGUCCAUGGCGUGGUGGUCAGCAAUGCCCAUGAUGAACUACUGCAGUGGUACGCACAUAACUCUAAAGAUUACCCCAAGAUCAUCCACGCAAGCGAAAGGUGUGCGUCAGGUAUUAUUCAGGCUAUAGGGCAUUUUGGGCUGGGUCCUAAGACAUCUCCAAGGGAUGUCAUGGACUUGUCUCGUUGGAAGACCGAGAGCUUCCACCCUUCGCAAGUGGUUGUCAAAUUCUACUUGAUUUAUGAACGAUGGCGUCGAGCUGAAGUAGAAAACUCUGAUUUUACUAUACAAUAUAUGAGGAGUAUCAGCCAUCCAAAUGGAAUCAUUGUUCUUCCUUCUGGUGUUCAGUGCUCACUUAGAGAGCGAAUAGAUGCAGUCAUUUCUUGUUAUGGCGAUAAGGGAGGAAAGCGUUUCAGAGUGUGGUUAGAUAGAGUUUCUUUUUCUCAGAUCAGCUCAGAUGCCUGGCUAGUGAAAUUCGAUAAAUGGGAGCUAUCAGACGCAGGGCGACAGUGUUGCUUGACGACGGUUCUUCUUAAUCUGAAGGAUGAGGCUGAGACUUCACCGGGACCGUCUUUGGUUCAUGUACAUCAGACGUGGAUGGAUGGGUAUGCCGCAAGCGAUCAAACAGCCUGGUUCUUCUAAGCCUCCGUUCGAUUGUUCUCAGAAAAUAUUCUGUCUUUUUUUUUUUUUUUGCUGAAGAAAUUGUUCGUAUAAAGAAGCUUUACUUACAAAAAGUCAGAUGCGUCGUUGGCAGUUGCCACAGUUUAAUGUAAUUUUUUUAACUGUCAGAAUGAGUCAGUACGACAAAACGUUGCGGUUUCGUAUUUGGAUUUGUUUUGUAUUCGCAAAUCCGCCAUUAGUUAAUCUUCCAACAGGUGUUUAAGUUAA